AUUAUCAUCCACCUCACGAGAUCUACAUUUAUCAUUGUGCAUUAAAUCCACUUUGGCUACCUUUAAAGCAUAUGCAUUUUUGGUAUUUAUUACUCGAAGUGAGGCAAAGCUUAGCAAAAUAGUAUGGAAAAAGCCGCCGCAAUGAGAGAGGAGUGAUGGUCCUCCUUUCCUUUGCCCUCAAUAUAGUAGAAUCCCUCCCAAAAUGCCAAAUCUGAUCUAGAGACGCUCAUUUCCCCUUUCGCGCACAAGCCUUCUCUCUUCUCUCACAGAGCUAAAUAUGAGAAUUCGAAAGAGAUGGCCACGGCCGCCUAUUUGCACUGCAUUCCCGAUUGCAGAAAAGGUUUCUAAUCAUAUUUCGGAAAGGGGUUCGCAGUAUCACAACCCUUUCUUGGUAGAAGAAGAAAAUAGACGCAUUGGAUGGUCAUUUUACCCACGAGAAGAAUCUUGUAAUCAUGAGACUAAAGGGGAUCAACAAGAAGCAAAGUUGCAGCUACCAAAAGUUACAAGGGGAGAGAAAUCAUUGAAAUGUGUUGAUGAGAAGAAAGUGAAAAAUUAUCACAUGGAAAAGAAGCCAGCACCGGGCUCCAAAGGGCAAGGCAAAGAAAAAGCUCGCAAGCAAAGAAGGUUAAAUUCCUUCACAAAUUAUCAGAGCAGGACUGAAAAUCAAUCUCAUACUCCAGUCAGUGUUGUCCUUGCACUACCUUCAACAUCUUCCAGACCAGUAAAACCUCAACCUGCAUCAAAAAGUCUGCAAAGGCAGGAAGAACGAGAAGAAACGUAUACCUUGUUUGAAACUAUAGUCAAGCAAGAGAUGCCAAAGGGGCUAACAAAUUCAUGGAAAAAGAAAGCAACAGAUCAUCAGCCGACGAAGGAGUUUGUUACCCAUUGGCAUGGUGCUUCCAGACCAAAACCAUGGAAGAACUUCGCAGAAGAAUCAAAAUGGGACAUGAGAAGGGAAGGUGCAGUAUCAACGGCUAUUCUUAACCUACAUCAGCACAAAGAGGAAGCAACAGUGGCAACCAAUGUGCCCAGUAUGAAUGGAGAAAAGCAAAAACCAAAGAGGGGGAGGCCCAAGAAAAUCAGAGAUCAGCCCGUCAAUUAGAAAAAUGAGUAACAAUCACUCUCCAGUCCUCUGUGUGCUUCAAUUGCUUCCCCUGAGGUUCAAUUAUCAAUAAAGUAACUUCUGAUUAUGAAAAUAGAAUGGAAGGUAGAAACUGAGUGGGGGACCAAAGACAGUGAAAGAUCAGUCUGUCAAGUAAUUACCCUGAAAGGGAUAUAGAUGGUGCGCCGAUAAUGAUGUACUUUACAUAGUUGAUAGUAAUGACUUUCAUGGAUUCAGUUUUGUGUUUAAUAUGAUUCUCCUUUUAUGUUGUUUAAUCAA